AUGGGAGAGGAAGUCAGAAUUACCGACUUCGAUGUCAGCGGUGGAGAUGACGACGACCGAGUUUCGGAGUGGGAGGCUGGGUUGCCGAACGUCGACGACUUGCCGUCGUUAUCACAGUUGCUGAUAUCGGCGGAGAUGGCAUCGGCUUUCAGCAUCACACCGGGGCCUCACCGGAGUAUGAUUGAGGUUGACCGCGCUUCUCGUAACACAGUUUCAAGUCUUCAAUGGCAAUCGCAACAAAAUCAGGUGAAUAAACUUACUGAUUUUAAGUCGUUUAGUGAUGAUAGAGAGGAAGAAAUGGUUGUGGAAGGCGAUGAGACCGUCGAUCUGACUCCAAACGGUUCCGAUUCAAGGAAAUUACGGAGAGUUGAUAGCGGUGGAGCUGGAGAGGAAGCUGACUCCGCUUUGCGAGCCGAUGAUUCUUCCACCAAGUCGUUGAAACGGAUUCGUUUGGUUUGGACGCCGCAACUGCACAAGCGAUUUGUGGAGGUUGUUGCGCAUUUAGGCGUGAAGAACGCUGUUCCUAAAACGAUUAUGCAAAUGAUGAACGUUGAAGGAUUGACCAGAGAGAACGUCGCCAGUCAUUUACAGAAAUAUAGGCUUUAUGUAAAACGGAUGCACGGAUCAUCUAACGAAGGGCCAUCUUCUUCCGAUCCUUUGUUCGCUUCCGCUACUGUUCCCAAGAGUUUUCACGAUUCCGGUGGCAAUGGCGGCGUUGGAAAUAGAAAUGGUCACUCUCAUGUUCCCAUUCCAAUGCCAUACCCACAGCAGAUGGUGCCUUUGGCCUACCCACCACCGCAGAUGGUGCCCAAUCGAUCAGGUGGUGGCGGAAGUGCAUAUCAUCAGGGUUUCGCCCCUCAUUCACAUCCGUAUAAUAUGAUGAUGCAACCAAGAGACUGGUCUGGAAACAAUUUUGGUUCACAAAUAGAGGUGGAAGACUUGCAAAAUCUUUUGAAGAGGAAGAGAUGGUGUAAAUCUGAUUUGGGGUUAAGUCAUGAACGUGAUCUAAACUCUCCGGUUGCAUUGAAGAAGAAGACAACAGUUGCUGCCACAUGAUUGCCAAGGACUGUUUGGUAAUUUCCUUAGUCCUAACCCAAUAUCCUACUCGAUUGCCCUCGCACCGGUUUCAAAAUUCGCGACCAUUGGUGUUCUGUGAUUUACCUCUUAUUGUACCUCUUAUUGUACCUCUUAUUGGACGGGUGUGGCUUGGGACCAUUAAGUGUACAAUUUAUCUUCUUAUUUUAAAUAUAAACUCAAUAACUAUGAGA